UUGCGGAAAAUAAUGAGGGUUUAUCUGCAUUUCUUAAUAAUGCUUUGGCUAAACGAAAAGAAAUCUCUUUUAUGGCUGUUGAUUUUGAGGGAUCAUCAGAAAAAAUAGGUGAAAAAAAUCAUUAUGUUUUAC